GCAAGCUACCCAGUGUCACAGCAUCCACCUGUGGAUGGGCAUCCUUCAGUCCCACAAGCCAGAGGGUCAAUAAAAAUGGAAGCCUCAUCUUCUGGAUCUACAAUUUCAUCAGUCACUGGUGGAAAAGCAAAAGCCCAUCAGCCAGCUAAGGAUGUCAACAUUUUUUUUGAUGAAUUAGAAGGUGUGAACAGCCCUUCCAAAGAUGAUGAUUCCCUGCUUCACCAUGGUAACUUGACCAGUACUUCUGAUGAUGCCAGCAGGCUGGAAGUUGUGGGAGAGGAGGUACCUGAUAAGAACAAAACCAAUGGAUUGUAUUUUAGAGAUGGGAAAUGUCGGAUUGACUACAUCCUUGUGUACAGAAAAUCUAAUCCACAGACAGAGAAGAGGGAAGUAUUUGAGAGAAAUAUCAGAGCAGAAGGACUUCAAAUGGAAAAAGAAUCAUCCCUAACAAACAGUGACAUCAUCUUUGUGAAACUGCAUGCCCCUUGGGAGGUCCUGGGCAAAUAUGCUGAACUAAUGAAUGUAAGAAUGCCUUUCAGGCCCUUUAACCCCUUCAAUGCUGGAGCCCCCUGCAUACUUGUGCGCUGCUGUUUUUUAAAUGGACAUUUCAUUGAAAUCAAUGGGAGGUCGAGAAGAUCCAGGAGAAAAAUCUAUUACCUGCAUCGCCGAUACAAGUUCAUGAAUAGGAUCGAGAAACAGAUAAGCAGGUUCCGAGGAUGGUUACCCAGAAAGCCAAUGAAACUGGACAAGGAAACACUGCCAGAUCUGGAGGAGAAUGACUGCUACACUGCUCCAUUCAGCCAGCAAAGGAUCCAUCACUUCAUAAUACACAACAAAGAUACUUUCUUCAAUAAUGCUACAAGAAGUAGAAUUGUCCAUCAUAUCUUACAAAGAGUGAAAUACGAAGAAGGGAAAAACAAAAUUGGUCUGAAUCGAUUGCUCAGUAAUGGCUCCUAUGAAGCUGCAUUUCCUCUUCAUGAGGGAAGUUACAGAAGUAAGAACUCAAUAAAAACCCAUGGAGCAGAAAACCACAGACACCUGCUCUAUGAGUGCUGGGCUUCCUGGGGAGUGUGGUAUAAAUACCAGCCACUGGAUCUUGUAAGGAGGUACUUUGGUGAAAAAAUUGGUCUGUACUUUGCCUGGUUAGGCUGGUACACAGGGAUGCUCUUCCCAGCUGCCUUCAUUGGAUUGUUUGUCUUUUUGUAUGGAGUCACCACUUUGAACCACUGCCAAGUCAGUAAAGAAGUCUGCCAAGCUACAGAUAUCAUAAUGUGUCCUAUAUGUGAUAAAUACUGCCCCUUCAUGAGGCUGUCAGACAGCUGCAUUUAUGCCAAGGUAACCCACCUUUUUGACAAUGGAGCUACUGUCUUUUUUGCUGUUUUCAUGGCAGUGUGGGCCACUGUUUUUCUGGAGUUUUGGAAAAGAAGGCGAGCAGUAAUUGCUUAUGAUUGGGACUUGAUAGACUGGGAAGAAGAAGAGGAGGAAAUCCGUCCACAGUUUGAAGCCAAAUACUCCAAGAAGGAACGAAUGAACCCCAUAUCCGGGAAGCCAGAGCCUUAUCAAGCAUUUGCAGAUAAAUGCAGCAGACUCAUCGUUUCUGCAUCUGGAAUAUUUUUUAUGAUCUGUGUGGUGAUUGCUGCUGUUUUUGGCAUUGUUAUUUACCGUGUUGUGACUGUCAGCACUUUUGCUGCCUUUAAGUGGGCUUUAAUCAGGAAUAACUCUCAGGUUGCAACCACAGGGACUGCAGUGUGCAUCAACUUUUGCAUCAUCAUGCUACUGAAUGUGCUGUAUGAAAAGGUUGCUCUUUUCCUGACAAAUUUAGAGCAGCCUCGCACCGAAUCGGAGUGGGAGAACAGCUUCACUCUGAAAAUGUUUCUUUUUCAGUUUGUCAAUCUGAACAGCUCUACCUUUUAUAUAGCAUUCUUCCUUGGAAGGUUUACAGGACACCCUGGUGCCUACUUAAGGCUGAUAAACCGGUGGAGGCUGGAAGAGUGCCACCCUAGUGGAUGCCUUAUUGAUCUCUGUAUGCAAAUGGGUAUUAUAAUGGUGUUAAAGCAGACAUGGAACAAUUUCAUGGAAUUGGGAUAUCCGCUAAUUCAAAACUGGUGGACCAGGAGAAAACUACGGCAAGAGUAUGGCACACAGGGAAAAACAAGCUUCCCACAGUGGGAAAAGGACUAUAAUCUGCAGCCUAUGAAUGCUUAUGGACUCUUUGAUGAAUACCUAGAAAUGAUUCUUCAGUUUGGGUUCACGACGAUUUUCGUGGCAGCUUUUCCACUGGCACCACUUCUGGCCUUACUAAACAAUAUUAUUGAAAUUCGGCUUGAUGCUUACAAAUUUGUUACUCAGUGGAGAAGACCUUUAGCUUCAAGAGCCAAAGAUAUAGGCAUCUGGUACGGGAUCCUGGAAGGCAUUGGAAUUCUUUCUGUUAUCACAAAUGCAUUUGUUAUAGCAGUGACAUCGGAUUUCAUCCCUCGCCUUGUUUAUGCUUACAAAUACGGACCUUGUGCUGGCCAAGGAGAAGCAGGACAAAAGUGUAUGGUUGGCUAUGUUAAUGCCAGUUUAUCAGUAUUUCUGGUGUCUGACUUUGAAAACCGUUCAGAGCCAACAUCAAAUGGAAGUGAAUUCUCUGGUUCACCAUUAAAAUAUUGCAGGUACAGGGACUACCGAGACCCUCCCGACUCGCCGGUGCCCUACGGUUACACGCUGCAGUUCUGGCACGUCCUAGCAGCACGCUUGGCUUUCAUCAUCGUCUUUGAGCAUCUUGUCUUUUGCAUAAAGCAUCUGAUCUCCUACUUAAUUCCAGAUCUUCCAAAAGAUCUGAGAGAUCGAAUGAGGAGAGAAAAGUACCUGAUUCAGGAAAUGAUGUAUGAAGCUGAACUAGAACGUCUGCAAAAAGAGCGGAAGGAAAGGAAAAAGAAUGGAAAAUCUUAUCACAAUGAGUGGCCAUGACAGGAUGGAGAAGAAACUGCUUAAAAGAAGAUUAGAACUCUUGUUUAUAAAAAAAAUCCUGGUUUUCUACAGCAGAGAGUGCACUGAAAGGAAUAGUCAGUAAUGUUGUGUGCACUUAGCUCAUGUGUGCCCCCGUUCAAUAGGGUGGAUUUUGUCAUUAAGCCGUUUGAAAUUAGAGGUGUUUCCAAGGCUUAGUCUUCUCUUCUCCAGAGCUGAUGCCAACAUGGGCACAUCAGACAACACUAAGGCUCUGCACUCUUGCCAGGAAGCUCCCAGGCCCUGACCAGAAUUCGAGGCCCUGAACUUCACAGCAGUUACACAACUCACAGAACUUGGUGAUCUUACGGCUCAUUCUCGUGGAGCUGCUACUUCACAAGCAGUGACUCGCCUUGGCAACGUGGCAGUGUUUGUCCGUGUGUGUGGCCACCACCUGCAGCACGUGCAUGGCAGCAUUGCUCUCUUCCACAGUGGACCCCACCACCUUAGUUUGCAUUUGCCACCAGUUAAGGUCACCUAGGUGGAGCAUUUCCAUUACUCAACAACACUGAAGUACUGUCUAGAAGAAGAUACAUGAUCAUGAGUCUGAGCAGCUGGUCUAACAAUGCUGGAAAAUGUAGGCAUCACAAGUGCAGACAGAUAGCCAAGCACCUAAAUGUGGCCAGAGGUAUCUAGCUGUAGGGCCAGUUAUUUGGAAAUGACACUGUGAAAAGUCGGUAAUAAACGUUAAAGUUUUGAACAGUGCCUUUUCAUCUAUAGGACUGUCUGGUGUCUGAAGGAAUCAAAUCAGAUUAGAGCAUCUUGCCCAGAACCAUCCAUAUAUUUGUGUGGUCUAGUCGGGAAUUAGGGUGUACUUACACACAUAACAAAUGUCAGAUGGCAUCUUAAAGACCUGUCUGCCUAAGUAAAACAAACACAAAAAAGACAGAUGAACAAGGUCAGCAGAAUAAAACACAAUCAUUCAGAAUAUCUACACUUGUAGCACUUUCUGUAUUCAUCAUUCCAUUAUCUAUGAAGGGGUGGAGGAAGAAAACAAAACUACAGACUUUAGUAUGAAACAGCUUGAAAUCGUUAGUGCAGAGCAAUUCUACACAGGCUGCAAAUUAGACUUGGGCAAAAUAAGUCACUGUCAAUAUCCUUUAGCAAAUUCAUUAGUAUUGAGAAAUUAAAAAUUUCUGAUUUAAUUAAGAAAUUAAAAAUUUCCAGACUGUUAACCCAAAAGGGUUGUAACUUUGAAGACAUCACAAGUGUUGGAUGGAGCAAUGUGAAUCAAAAUAUUGAGUAUUGUGAAAGCUCUUCAAUCAGUUGUUUCUAAAAGUUAUUCUGGAAGUAAUUUAAUAGAAGGAGUAGAAUUUGCCCUUCUGGACAGACUACACAAUGCAAGAUCCUAUGGAUGGAUACCUUAAGCUCCACAUGACAAGAAGACCAUUUGCACCAAGACAAAUAUCACCAAAUUAGGCCUAUUAACUUUUUUCCACUGCAAAGGAGAACUGUGCUAUUUGCAUGAGAGGAGGAAGCUUUAAUUAAAGGCAAUAUAAUUUGAGGAAGGAGAGGGAUGUUAGAAAAUGUGAACACUCUCCUCUCUGCAGCCACUGCCUGCCUACACAAAAAAGCAAGGGACCUCCUCCAGCAGCAACCCACCAUCCUACCUGAAGAGGAUAAAUGACAUAGCAGCUCCCUUUUAUCAGCUGCUCCUGGCCCAAGCCUGAAAGCCCCAUGAGACAACAUAAGCACUGAAGGAAUUUCAGGAUUAGUCUGUUCUGUGCUGGCUCAGUGACAAAUUGAGUGGGCAGCACAACUAGUGGUUGUGGGGUACGUUUCUGACUAAUGGGGAAGUGAACUUGUUCAUCUUUGCUCCUGCUUACAGCAGCUGUGGACACAUCCCACAGGCCAGUGGGGAAAUAGGAGUAUUUCUGUCUCUGUAAAUAGGGGGUGGGGAUCAGGCAAUGUUGGUCUCUAAUACACACAUGCCAGAUGGGUUAGUAUUCACCAUCCAACACCUACAGAUGCAGCCUGGGGAUUCUGGGGCAGGAUCACUGCACAAAAUCAUAUUCAGACCAAAUUAUCAUGAAUAAUUGGAUUAUUUUGGAUAGCCGCUGUUUAAUGUCUAAACCAACAGAUGACCAGAGCUUAGAAACUGUUUGCUAAAUAGUAAAGUAAAACAUGAGCCAUGCAUAAAAUCAAUGUCACCCAUAUGAGCAAAAUGGACCUUUGCAAAUCCCUGCAGUAUGAUGCAGCUUUGUCAAUUUAGAUCUCAGUAACUUCCAAGAACUGAACUGAAACACAGUAGAAUAUAAACUGACUUCCACUCCAGAGAAACCACUGCAACAAAAUGUGCCAAAAACAAUGAUGUGCAGCAGAAACACAAUAGAUAAUAAUUGCUUUUGAGAGUAGUUUUCAAGAUAGCUCCAUUAUGAUGAAUUUUCCUGACAGCACAUUGCUAGAAGUUGUGUUCCAUCUGCUCUAAAUGAGACCAUAGGUUGGCUGCAUGCCAAGCUUGUGCUGAGUAUGAUGCUGCAGAGGGUUCUGACCUCCCUGGCAGACCCUGAAUACAUCUCUGUCACUUCAGUUUGACCAGUCAACCUGUCGAGGUUUCUCUGCUGCUGGUCUGAUGAAUGGAUUUUCCUGGAGUCCUUCAGAGCUACAUAGCAGACCACUCAGGA